AUGCCCCUCCUCCCCGCUUCUCAGUGUAGCGAUACCGGUCGGUUGGUUGGUUGGUUGGUCGAUCGGUCGGUCGGUCGGUCGGUCAGUCGGUCGCUCCCCUGCGGCUCUUUCUCUCGUUGCUGUACUGCUACAGUCCUACUGACUGGAUUUUGUUGCUUGGUGGUAGUGAGUAGGUGUGUUUAUGCUACAAUGGAGGAAUUCCCGGGGCAUUCAGCAUUUGCAGUUUCAUUUCUUAGGUUGCUAGUGAAAAUACGUUGGUAUAAGUUAAAUCGUAAUGAGAGAGCACUAGUCGUAUCCACGUUAGUAGGCAGUCACUAUCAUUCUCCUCCUGCAGAUUCUGUCGGGUUCCAACUACCGUGA